AUGGUACAUAUUUUAUACGAACAUCCCGUUGGAUAUUUGCUGAUGCAAGCAAAAGGCCUGGACGCAGUCACCCUUAAGGAUAUUCUCAAGAGAGCAAAGUCGCUUGGAGACUUCAAGAAAGCAUUC